AUGCGAUUCACAAUUGGCCACGUCCCAUCCAUAUCGCUGACUCCCAGAAGCAGACAUCAUCUCGACCUCGCAAAGACUGUUCCUGCAUCCUACAACUAUAACAAUCAUUCUAUUCCUUUUAGUCUUUCGCUCCUCGUCCUAGGAUCUUUUUUGCUGUGUGAACUGUCACUCUCCCGGCGAAUCAUGUGCCGCUUCUUGGUAUACAAAGGCAGCGACGAGAUCCUCCUGUCCAAGCUAAUUCUCGACCCGACGCAUUCCAUAUUGAAACAGUCCUUUGACUCGCGGCUCCGUCUAGACACCCGACGAGGACAAAACAACGCCGAUGGCUUCGGUAUAGGAUUCUACACGGAUCCGAAGCUCGGGGCAGCGCCCUGUCUCUUCACGUCCACCAUCCCAGCAUGGAACUGCACAAACCUCCAGCGCAUCGCCUCCAAGACGGCCUCACGCCUCAUCUUUGGCCAUGUCCGCGCCACGACCGAAGGCUCGCUCAGCGAGGACAACUGCCACCCCUUUACCCACGCAAGCCUAAUGUGGAUGCACAACGGCGGACUCGGCGGCUGGAAACACAUCAAGAGAAAGCUCGGCGGCCGCCUGGCGGACAAGUGGUUCCUCGAGGUCAAGGGCGGCACCGACAGCGAAUGGGCCUUUGCGCUGUUCCUCGACACCCUCGAGCGGCUCGGCCACGACCCCAGCUCAUCGCCCGAGAGUGGCUUCGGACCGACCGUCUUGCGAAAGGCCGUGGAGCAGACUAUUGCGCAGAUCAACGAGCUGACCGACGCGAUUCCCCAGGAUGUGCUGCAGAACGAGGAUGUCGACACUAGGAGUUUGCUCAACUUUGCUGUGACGGAUGGCCACAGUGUCAUUUGCACACGCUAUAUUAGCAGCUCAAAGGACGAGGCGGCCAGCCUGUACUAUUCGUCUGGUACGCAGUGGGUGACGCGGACCGCUGACCCCAACGACAGGCAGUAUCAGAUGGAGCGCAAGGACAAGGGGGCUGAUAUCGUGCUUGUGGCUAGCGAGCCUUUGACUUUUGAGCGUGAAAACUGGGUGAAUGUUCCUACAAACUCUAUCCUCACCAUUCAUCGCCAGACAGUCAUGGUGCAUCCCAUCCUUGACAAGUACUACGAACGAGACCCCUAUCACGUCCGCUCCAGUGCCUUUGUUCAGACCAAGGGCCUCAUUUCGAACGAGAAGCCGCCUAGCGGCACAUCCAUUAGUCCUGGUAGCGGCACGACGCCAUCUAGCUUCGAUGGCUACAGGAAAUUAGCUGCGCAGACUCUGUGCUCACGAAGUCUGAGCCCUGACGUGAGCAGGCGUUCCUUGACCCCUCUGUCCGCGAACGAGUUGCGAUAA